CUAAGAAGAGAUUGGAAGAACUAUCUGGGAUUUUACUUUUGGAAGACGAAAAACAAAUUGAUACAAAUCCAACAAAACAGCAAAUUAUAGAAAAGUGGAAGUUGAAUCAUGGUUUAAUCUUGAAUGGAUUUAGCAUACAACCAAGUGAACGAUCUGUUUUUAUCGUUGAUGACGAUAAAUUAUGCAUUGAUUUAUAUAAUGGAGAGCCUAUGGCUUACAUCAGCGUAAAUAAUCCAAAUAUUCCUACAAAUUUAUUCACAAUUGACAAAUAUAAUGAUGAUGAUUUUGAAAAAUUAAAGCCAUCGGACGUGUGCGUUAAUUUCCCGGUUGUUGAGAUCACUUAUAGAACCGAUCUAUCGGAUUCUUUUAAAAACUUUACAGAUGGGGGAAAUAUUCAUGAAUUAUACGGUCACGUUUUUGCAUCUAAGAUUUUAGUCGGAGGACAGAUUUUUAUCAAAGAUUUCAAUUUAGCUUCUUCGAUACAAAAGGAUAUUUUAAAGCUUUAUUUAAUUUGGGCGUAUAAUUCAGCUAAAGAUGAUGAAAACUCAUUCAAUAAUAAUUCUUUUGGAUUGAACUUUUUACCGAGAAUAGAAACGUCAAAUGGUGUAAAUUUAGGUACCCCUAAAAAAUUAUCUAAUUGGUUUGAUGAAAAUUACGAGAAUUUUGAAGAAAGAUGUUUGGGAAUCGCCAAUUUUGAAAAAAGGUUGAGUUUGGAAAGGUGGAUCGGUAAGACCGGUAAUACCGAAUAUGUUGACUUAAUAAGAUGGAUCAAAGAGUUUCGUAUAUUUCAAGGUCUUGUAAUUCAAACCCAUAAAGUGGAGAGUAGCAAGAAAAUUGCCAUGAAUAUUAUUCAAGUUCCUCAAGUGAUUUCGGUUGGCAACUUUUAUUUUGAAAUGAUAAAUCCAACGACAAAAGUUGAGGAAUUUUUGAUUACAAAUAAGAUUUUCACAAUUAAAAACACUGAGCCUUUUCCAUUUAUCAAAAUUGAUGAUAACGAGACAGAUUACGUGAAUUAUUUUAUUCAUUUCAUAAUAAAGUGUGAACAAUAUGAAGUUAUUAUCAAUAAGAAUCAUUUAGAACCUUCAUUAGAGUUUUGUAACGAUAUAGAAAAAGCGCUUAAUGAAAUGAAACCAUUAAAUGCCUUACAAAACGUAUUUAAUGAAUAUGGGAACUUCUUUACCCUAAGAAUAGUCUUGGGAAAAUCUCUCAAAAAUAUAGUAACCACCACCUAUUUUGAAACUUUUGAAAAGAUUUAUUUAAAGUUACCAAUACUUGAAUCUUUAAAUUCAUAUUUGAAGAAAUUCAAACUUUCGCAUUUCAUUACACAAGCAGGAAAUAUACUUGAAAAAGAUUCUUUAUAUAAUUGGAUUAGCAAUGCCAACCAUAACGGUUUGGAAAUAGUAGAGUAUGAUAAAUUAAUUUCUUUGUAUGAUAUUCUUGGGUCAGAACAAAAGAAGAAAAUCGAUAUA